CCCCCUCUCUCUCUCUCUCUCAUUAUUUUCCUUUCUUUAGUGAGAAAUAUCUCUACCUACAUAUCCCCAUCGAUAUUUCUCUCUUCUUUGCUCUCUUCUUCUCUUAUAUAUCUCCCUUUGAGUUUCCAACUUUUUGUCACAGCCUUUUGUUCCCAAGCCAAUUGAGCAAUCCAUAUCAUUCUGAGAAUGAGAGAAAUUCUCCAUAUCCAAGCUGGGCAAUGCGGGAACCAAAUUGGUGGCAAGUUUUGGGAGGUCGUAUGUGAUGAGCACGGCAUCGAUACCAAGGGGAAUUACGUUGGUGAUUCUCAUCUUCAGCUUGAGAGGGUGAAUGUCUACUACAAUGAGGCCAGUGGUGGACGGUAUGUGCCUAGAGCUGUGCUCAUGGACCUCGAGCCAGGGACCAUGGACAGCUUGAGGACUGGCCCCUAUGGCAAAAUCUUUAGGCCUGAUAACUUUGUGUUCGGCCAAAACGGAGCUGGAAACAACUGGGCCAAGGGGCAUUACACUGAGGGAGCAGAGCUGAUUGAUUCUGUUCUUGAUGUUGUUCGCAAAGAGGCCGAGAAUUGUGAUUGCUUACAAGGCUUCCAGAUUUGCCAUUCCCUCGGCGGCGGCACUGGAUCCGGAAUGGGAACCCUGCUUAUAUCCAAGAUCAGAGAAGAAUACCCUGAUCGGAUGAUGCUCACUUUCUCCGUCUUCCCUUCACCCAAGGUCUCUGACACCGUCGUUGAGCCCUACAACGCCACCCUCUCCGUCCACCAACUCGUGGAGAACGCCGACGAGUGCAUGGUCCUCGACAAUGAAGCUCUCUACGACAUUUGCUUCCGAACUCUCAAGCUCACCAAUCCAAGCUUUGGGGAUUUGAACCAUUUGAUCUCCACCACCAUGAGCGGCGUAACAUGCUGCCUCCGCUUCCCCGGCCAGCUCAACUCCGACCUCCGAAAACUGGCGGUCAAUCUUAUCCCAUUCCCGCGAUUACACUUCUUCAUGGUGGGUUUUGCACCCCUGACGUCGCGUGGAUCACAGCAGUACCGGUCCCUCACCAUCCCGGAGCUGACACAGCAAAUGUGGGAUGCGAAGAACAUGAUGUGUGCGGCUGACCCGCGACACGGCCGGUACCUGACCGCCUCAGCGAUGUUCCGGGGGAAGAUGAGUACUAAAGAGGUUGAUGAGCAGAUGAUCAAUGUGCAGAACAAGAACUCCUCGUACUUUGUUGAGUGGAUACCAAACAAUGUGAAGUCAAGCGUCUGUGACAUCCCUCCGACUGGGUUGGCCAUGUCGUCGACGUUCAUGGGGAACUCCACGUCCAUCCAGGAGAUGUUCCGCCGGGUGUCGGAGCAGUUCACGGUCAUGUUCAGGAGGAAGGCGUUUUUGCAUUGGUACACUGGAGAGGGAAUGGAUGAGAUGGAGUUCACAGAGGCGGAGAGCAAUAUGAAUGAUCUGGUGUCAGAGUAUCAGCAGUACCAGGAGGCGGUGGCGGCGGAGGAUGAGGAAGAGUACGAUGAAGAAGUGAUGGAGAACUAGAUUGGUGGCGGUGGUGGUGGUUGAUGUCACUGGGUUAUGGGUGUGGUUUGGCUGGCAAAUAAUCAAGGAGGGUGGGGUGCUUGUGUAUUCAAUUUGGGGUUUGGUAUCCCUAUGAUUGUGAAUUUGUGAUUUUUUUUUGUCCAUUAUUUAUGUGAUUUGUGAAUUGUGAGUAUAAGUUUUGUACUUGAAACAAGUAAAUCACUCUGUUAAAAGGGCUUGUUCAUCAGACCCCUUCAUUUCCCUUCU